CAGCUUUUGGGGGGGGGGUGGAGUGGGGGGUGAAGAGGACUUGGUUUUUUCUGGCUGCCCCCUUCCGGCUCCGGGAGGUGGAGGGACCUUGGCGGCGCCCCGAGCGGGCGCGGAGCUAGUCGAGGGACGCCCGGGCCCGAAGGGCAGGGGCCCGGCUGCAGAGCGGAGUUGGCAUUUCCAGAUUGGGGCUCGGGCCGCCCCUCCUCCGGGACCCUCCCCCCGGGACCGAGCUGAUCGCCGCCGGCGGUUGGGGCCGGCUCUCUUGGCGCGUGAAAGUCAACAAAAUUCAGCACCAAACCUGCUCUUCAUCUUUAGGAAGCCAGGUACCACUGACCACAGUGGCCACAGUUCAUGCUAAGUUCUGGACUGCCUCUUGGGGUAUGGGCACGAAAAGGUGGACAAGUCCUAUUUUCAAGAGAAGAUGACUUUUAACAGUUUUGAAGGAUCUAAAACUUGUGUACCUGCAGACAUCAAUAAAGAUGAAGAAUUUGUAGAAGAGUAUAAUAGAUUAAAAACUUUUGCUAAUUUUCCAAGUAGUAGUCCUGUUUCAGCAUCAACAUUGGCACGAGCAGGUUUUCUUUAUACUGGUGAAGGAGAUACUGUGCGGUGCUUUAGUUGUCAUGCGGCAAUAGAUAGAUGGCAAUAUGGAGACUCAGCAAUUGGAAGACACAGGAAAGUAUCCCCAAAUUGCAGAUUUAUCAACGGCUUUUAUUUUGAAAAUAGUGCUGCACAACCUACAAAUCCUGGUGUCCAAAAUGGUCGGUACAGAGUUGAAAACUAUUUGAGAAGCAGAAAUCAUUUUGGUUUAGACAGGCCACCUGAGACUCAUGCAGACUAUCUUUUGAGAACUGGACAGGUUGUAGAUAUAUCAGACACCAUAUACCCAAGGAACCCUGCCAUGUGUAGUGAAGAAGCUAGAUUAAAGUCAUUUCAGAACUGGCCAGACUAUGCCCACUUAACCCCUAGAGAGUUAGCUAGUGCUGGACUCUACUACACAGGUAUUGACGAUCAAGUGCAGUGCUUUUGUUGUGGUGGAAAACUGAAAAAUUGGGAACCUUGUGAUCGCGCCUGGUCAGAACACAGGCGACACUUUCCUAAUUGCUUCUUUGUUUUGGGCCGGAACGUUAAUGUUCGAAGUGAAUCUGAUGUUGUAAGUUCUGAUAGGAAUUUCCCAAAUCCAACAAAUUCACCAAGAAAUCCAGCCAUGGCAGAGUAUGAAGCACGGAUCAUUACUUUUGGGACAUGGAUAUACUCAGUUAACAAGGAGCAGCUUGCAAGAGCUGGAUUUUAUGCUUUAGGUGAAGGUGAUAAAGUAAAGUGCUUCCAUUGUGGAGGAGGGCUAACUGAUUGGAAGCCCAGUGAAGACCCUUGGGAACAGCAUGCUAAGUGGUAUCCAGGGUGUAAAUACCUGUUGGAAGAAAAGGGACAAGAAUACAUAAACAGUAUCCAUUUAACACAUUCACUUGAAGAGUCUCUGGUAAGAACUGCAGAAAAAAUGCCAUCACUGACAAAAAGAAUUGAUGACACCAUCUUCCAGAAUUCUAUGGUACAAGAAGCUAUACGAAUGGGAUUCAGUUUCAGGGACAUUAAGAAAAUAAUGGAGGAAAAAAUUCAGACAUCUGGGAGCAACUAUAUAUCACUUGAGGUUCUGAUUGCAGAUCUAGUGAGUGCUCAGAAAGACAAUACACAAGAUGAAUCAAGUCAAACUUCAUUGCAGAAAGAGAUUAGUACUGAAGAGCAGCUAAGGCGCCUGCAAGAGGAGAAGCUUUGCAAAAUCUGUAUGGAUAGAAAUAUUGCUGUAGUUUUUAUUCCUUGUGGACAUCUGGUCACUUGUAAACAAUGUGCUGAAGCUGUUGACAAAUGUCCCAUGUGCUACACAGUCAUUACUUUCAAGCAAAAGAUUUUUAUGUCUUAAUCUAACUCUGCAGUGGGCAUGUUAUGUUCUUCUUAUUACCCUGAUUGAAUGUGUGAUGUGAAGGAACUUUAAGUAAUCAGCAUUGAAUUCCAUUAGCAUUUGCUUACCAAGUAGGAAAAAACAUUAACAGCAGUGUUUUAGUUGGCAACCUAAACUUUGAAUUUCUGGAUCUUUCAGGUUAUUAGCUGUAUGAUUUAUCCAAUUUUUUAUUGUUAUUCAGUUGAAACCGUAGACUAAGAAGCAUCAUAUUAAAACUGAUCACAAUGCAUAUUUGUAGUACACUGACUUAGUUUCUAAGUGUAAGUGAAUUAAUCAUCUGAAUUUUUCAUUCUUUUCAGAUAGGCUUAACAAAUGGAGCAUUCUGUAUAAAUGUGGAGAUUAGAGUUAAUCUCCCCAAUCACAUAAUUUAUUUUGUGUGAAAAAGGAAUGAGCUGUUCCACACUGGUGGAAAGAUAGAGAUUAUUUUUAGAUGUUUGUCUUUGUGUUUUAGGAUUCUGUCCAUUUUCUUUUAAAAUUUUAACACAUAUUUGUGUGAAUAAUUUUUUUUAAAAAGUGGUUUUGCCAUUUCUAAAAGGCUAUUUAGUGAUAGAAUACCAUCUAACCAACAUGUACUGACAUGGAAAGAUGUCAAAGAUAUAUUAAGUAUAAAAUGCACAUGGCAAAACACUAUGUAUAGUAUGAGCCAAAUCAAGGUGUGCGUAUUUUCUAACUGUAUAGAACAAAAGAUUUGGAAAGAUGAACCAAAACUGUUAAAUGUGUUUUUUCUUGAGGGGUGGGGGGUGGGGUCCUAAAGGGGUUUUUAGGGACCCUUCACUUUCUAUUUUUUUCAUUUUGUUCUGUUUGAAUUUUUAUAAGUAUGUAUUACUUUUGUAAUCAGAAUUUUUAGAAAGUAUUUUACUGAUUUAAAGGCUUAGGCAUGUUCAAACGCCUGCAAAACUACUUAUCACUCAGCUUUAGUUUUUCUAAUCCAAGAAGGCACAACAGUUAACCUUUUUGGUGCCAAUGUGAAAUUUAAAUAUUUUUAUGUUUUACCUGCCUUGUGGAUGAAAAAUAUUUCUGAGUGGUAGUUUUCUGACAGGCAGACCAUGUCUUCUUAUCUUGUUUCAAAAUAAAUAUUUCUGAUUUUGUAAAAUGAAAUAUAAAAUAUGUCUCAGAUCUUCCAAUUAAUUAGUAAGGAUUCAUCCUUAAUCCUUGCUAGUUUAAGCCUGCCUAAGUCACUUUACUAAAAGAUCUUUGUUAACCCAGUAUUUUAAACAUCUGUCAGCUUAUGUAGGUAAAAGUAGAAGCAUGUUUGUACACUGCUUGUAGUUAUAGUGACAGCUUUCCAUGUUGAGGUUUCCAUAUCAUCUUGUAUCUUAAAGUUUCAUGUGAGUUUUACUGUUAGGAUGAUUAAGAUGUAUAUAGGACAAAAUGUUAAAGUCUUUCCUCUACUUAAAUUUUUUAUUUUCUUGACUAGUAAUAGUAGUAGAUAUUUCUUUUAAAAAUGUUCUUUUGAAAUUCUAACUCUUGGAAAUUAUAAAAUACUGACAAGAGAAGAAUAGUUGUUUAAAUAUUUUGAAUAAGAGUCAGUAUGGGUAAAAAAAUAGAAGUUUCUAAAAUUCUUCAUAGAACACCCAGGAUUCAUGUUAUAAGAUGGUCAUGACAGACCUAUUAUAGAGUCAAGUGAGGCAUUUACUGCAGAGAUUGGUUUGAGAGUGAAACUAUUAAAAAUUAUCUUUUCAUUGUAUUUUCUAAGAGAAAGCAUUGGUACGGUCUCCAAACCUCUGUUCACUACUAUGUUAAGUGAUAUUCAUUUAAAGCAUUGCAAUUUCAAAUAAGAACUUUAAAAAUUAAGUAAUGAUUGCCCUAUUUCUGUUUUAUUAUAUAAAUCUUCAAUUAUUCUCCUUUCUGUUGUCUUCUACUUAGGUCUGAUGAUGUAGUCAUUAAGUUGAAUUUGAUCUGUAUAGUCUAAGCUUUGAAUUUAAAUGUAUGUUUAAAGCAUUCAAUGGGAGAAAAGUGUUAACGUUUUUAAAACAUGUUUUCCAGGACACUUUAAGCUCCAAGUCAUGUAGGUAGCUUAAUCUAGUUGUUAGCCAAGGACUAAAUUGUUUUAACAUAAGGCUUUUCCUGUUCUGGGAGCCUCAGUUCAUUAAAACUCUGCUUUUAAAAUUUGUGUGUUUAGAGUUAAGCAAGACCUCUUUUUUUUUCCUCUCUCUCUUUCCAUGAGUUGUGAAAUUUAAUGCAUGAAACUGAGGUGGCUAACAAGUUUAUUUUAAGAAUUGUUUAGAAAUGCUAUUGCUUCAGGUUCUUAAAAUCACUCAGCACUCCAACUUCUAAUCAAAUUUUUGGAGACUUAUCAGAGUUUGUCUGUAUCCGCACUACAAAAAAGCACUGGAUCCUUUCCAUCUAAUUGUACAAAAAUUUGUCACUUUGCAAGGUCAAAAAUACAACCAGAUCCAAAUCCACACCGCCCCCCUCCCCGUCUCCUCAGUAUCUACAUGUAGACGUUUCUUUUCUGUGUAACAUUCACUCUAGGAUUUUGCAAUCACCACCUAUUUUACUACAUUUUAGUCAUGUGACAAUUGAAGUUAUUUUGUAAUACAUAAUCAUCUUAAUUUUUGAUAAUUUAGUGUGCUGAUCAAAAACUUGGCUUAAUUUUUUUAGAAAUCAGUUUAACAUUUAUAAAAUAAAUUUCAGUUUAAUGGUUUAUAUUGCCUUUCCUGCUAGAUUUGUUUUUUACCCCUCCCUUUGGGUAGGGAAUGAGGUUGGGUGGGGUGAGUUCAGUGAGUGUAUAUAAUGUAAUUUGGCCAUGUGUAUUAUGAUAUUUUGUUGUUUUCAUUGUUAUUUAAAUUUUAGUAGUUUUUUUCUGUUUUCAUUUCAGUGGAUAAAAUGUGCAUUUUGAACCCUCCAAAUGGAGACUAUACCACCCCAGCAUUAGGUGUAUGCAUUGUUCCCUUUAGACCCAAAUUAUGGUUUUAUUUCUGGUUACCCACAUGUCAAAUGAGAAAGGGGUGGAAUGAGGGUGGGAUAAAUUGAAUAAUUUGUGUCCUUGCCAUUACAGAAAUAAGAAAAUGAGAAGGAAUUUUUUGACAGAUGUAGCUCUUUUAUGUCAAAUUGGCCUUUUUUUUUAAAGGUAGCCAUUUCUUCAUCUGUGAAAUGAGAAUAAUGUCUAUUUUCUAAGGUCAUGAGAGUUCAAGAAGACCAUAUCUGUAAAAGCAUAUGCUACAUUAAUUCCUGUCCUAACACCCUUUUACCCCUCUAUAGGUUUGCCUUGAACAAGAUAUUUGAGCUUGGGGCUGGGGAUAUAGCUCAAUUGGUAGAGUGCUUGCCUCAUAAGUACAAGGCCCUGGGUUCAGUCCCCAGCACCGCAAAAAAAAAAAAAAAAAAAAA